GAGAGAAAAAUAGAGUAGAGGAAUUCAGUUUUUGUGAAGAGAUUGAACUGGAGUUGCAUGGAGCCCAUCAGACUGGAGAAUGAAGAUCUCCGUGGUGCUAACAGCUCUCCUGAUUAACCUCCUCUUAGGAAAUGUGUGCUCAGCUAUCAAUGUCACAGUCACACCUUCUCCGUUCACUGUGGUGGCCGAGGGAGAAAACAUCACCCUGUCCUGUCAGGUGACCCAGCGGCGGCGGUCAGCGAGUCUGCCUGUGGUGCGCUGGAUGUUUCAGCCGGAGUCAGGAGGAGAGGAGCUGCUGGUGGCACGGGUGAACAUGAGGAGAGCCAAGUUCUACGGAAACUACACCAAGAGCUUCUGCAAGCCCAAAAUGAAACUGACAGUGGUGAAACAGGGCAAGAUAUACAACCUCCUCAUCUUCAACAUCAGCAGACAGGACAGGGGUCUUUACAGCUGCAGGGUCCAGGAGUUCAAGAAGCAUCAGGAGCGAUGGAAAGCUUCGACCAACAGCUCGGCCUCCACGCAGCUCAGAGUCCAUGUUCUCCGAGCCAGCAAACCAAAGGAGGAACUGUGGAGUCUGUUUGAAGAUGUGUAUCUGUGUGCUGUGCUGGUGUGUUGUGUUGGGCUCUUGUGCAUGUGCAUGUUUACUAUAGCUUUGAGCUGUCAGUAUCUGCAGAGGAAGAGACGAUUAAAAGAAAACUAUCAUUUGGUCAAGAGCCCACAGAACAGUUCAGGCGAGACGGUCACUAGUGUCGUUAGUCUCUCUCCGGCUCUUCCCAAGAAGAUGAGAAAGUACAAGAAAAAUAAAAGUGUGGAGCAACCAGACGUGCCACCAGAGAUACCAGCUAAAGCCCCUAUUGCAGACAAAAUGCGAAAGCCGAAGCUUUUAAAACCUCAACCAAGAAAAGUGGUUUUGCCCAAAAUUGCAGAGGAGAGUCUAACAUACGCUGAGCUUGAACUGAUGAAGCCCCUGCCUGAACCCAAAACUGCAAAGACAGGAACGGUGUAUGCUCAGAUAUUUUUUGAGGACAAGCCGGUGUAGCAUUACAUGUUCUUGCAGAAAACUUUAUUUAUAAUAACACAAUACUGAUUUUAUUUGUCACCUUUUUUCUGAUGUUUUAUACAUGCAACAUUAAGUGAACUGUACAUAUUGUGUAUAUAUAUAUAUACAGUAUAUUCUUUACUUUCUAUGUUGACAUUUUAUCUGUAACAAAAAAAUUAAUAAAUACACAGCUAAUUAUUGUCAUCCGGAAACCGAAAACUAUAAUUAAAAGGCACAUAAAUACAGCAGUCUCAAAAAACAACUUUUGCAAAAGAUUAUCUAAAGGUAAACACCAACAAAAAAUAUCCAUUUGAAUUUGCCACAAGUUGCAUCUGUUAAUAAACUAAUAAUUUAUAUGAGGAUAUUUUGCACAAAUAUAUUUUCAAAAAAAUAAAAUUAAAAAAAUCUUCCCAGUACUGUUCUGGGUUCAAUACAAAUUCAUCUCUAUGAACAGCUUCUGUGGUCUGCGCUUGAUGUGUUUAAGCUUGUAUUAAUUAUUCUGCAUUAAUUGAGCUGUAAAGUUGUGUAAACCAUCCGUUUAGUGAUGGGUCUACUUUUCUAGAUGGAUGAAUUUAUUUAUGCAUUACCAACACCAAUUGUUUUUCCAUUUAACAGUAGUUUGUGAAUAGUAACAUCUCAUCCCUUUAUGUUAAUCUAGCUGGUUUUCUGCUCAGAUUAUGGAGUUUAAAUGCUUUGUACAUUAUUGUAAACAAAAAGUUCAUAUAACUUUGAAUAGAUAAGCUAACAAGUGAUUUUAUCACACUAGGCUCAAGUUAACAUCUAAAAAUGUUAAAUAUAAUGUAAAUGUUGUGGAUUUUGAAACAGUAUUGUAACGUUUGUUCCAGUGCACAA